GAAUAAAAAGCUCUUUGUCAGAUAAAUAGUGGUUUAGAUGGAAUAGCAUCUCUGUUGAAAACACACCUAAAUUUCUUGUAAUUUUUAAGAUCAACUGUUUAUAAAUUUUUAAUUUCUAGUUUCCAAAGAUAUACCGAACAAAAUGUCUAUAAAACGGGGACUAUUUAUAAUGGCUGUGAUUCUAAAUGUUUUGGAAGUGUUUUCGGCGCCAGAAAACUCUAUAAAGCCCAUUAACAGUUUGCCAAAAGGUGUAUCUGGUUGCAAAAGAGAUGACCAGCUCAGUGAAUGCGUUCAAAAGGGCCUUCAGGAUAUGCUAAAAAUCAGCAAGAAUGGUAUACCUGAACUUAAUAUAAUGCCCGUAGAUCCUUUUGUUGUGAGAAAGGCAACUGUGCAGUUUGAAAAUAGCCUUGUCCAAGGCAAGGCAUCAGUAAAGAAUAUGAAAGUGAUAGGUCUAGACAAUGCAGUAAUUGAAGAUAGUGAUUUUAAAAUCAAUGGCAAGUUAACACAAUAUAAAGGAGUUAUACGAUUGCCUUAUCUCAAGGUAGAGGGCUCAUACAAGGCUAAUAUUUUCAUUAAUAACAAUAAAAUAUCCUCAAGCGGGGAAUUUAAUGCCAAUUUAACUGAUAUUGUGGCCAAAUUUGAUAGUACUGGUGAAAUUUAUGAAAAGGAUGGCCGUAAUUAUAUACGUUUCACCUCCCUUAACUAUGAACCCACUGUAGGUAAUAUGCAAUUAUAUGCCAAUGGUUUGGUACCUGAUGAAAAUCUAAAUAAUGCUCUUGUGGAGUUAGCCAAUGAAAAUUGGCGUCGUGCUUACCAAUCCCUGUUUUCAAGUACCCGACCUUCUUGGGAACCUCUUAUCAUUAAAUAUUUCAAUUCAAUUUUGGAACAUGUGCCAUGGGAUUUAUUGCUGUUGGAGAAUUAUAUUCAUAGUUUUAUUGAAAAUGAACACUUAAAGCGGCUAGCGAGAAAAUGGUGUUUUAAACAACAGUGCAACUUUAUUGAAAACGGACGGAAAUUUGUUGCGGAUAAUAACUUCAACAUCGAAAUAUUUGUGGAUUUUUUGUUGUCCGGGAAUAAGGAGAAAAAAAUGUUGGCAAAAUGGGGAGUUGUGAUAUUAGCUUUGGUUUUCAAUGAUUUUGAAGUGUUUUCGGCCCCUGCCAACACAUUAAAGCCGGUAGCAAGUUUGCCCAAAGGUAUCACUGGUUGCAAGAGAGAACUCAAUAUCAGUGAAUGCGUUCAAAGCGCUUUUCAGGAUGUCUUAAAACUCAGCAAGGAUGGCAUACCUGAACUUCAUAUAAUCCCCAUAGAUCCUCUUGUUGUGCCAAAGGUAACUGUCCAAUUUGAAAAUAGUCUUAUCCGUGGCAAGGCAUCAGUAAGAAAUCUCAAAAUUGUUGGAGUGACCAAUGCGGUUAUUGAAAAGACUAAUUUCAAAAUCUUUGGUAAUAUUACCAAAUAUAAAUCAGUGAUACGGGUACCAUAUCUUAGGGCAGAGGGUUCAUACAAGGCCAACAUUUUCGUUAACAAUAACAAGAUGUCCUCGAGGGGUGAAUUUAAUGCCAGUAUGACCGAUAUUGUGGCCAAUAUUGACAGUGCUGGUGAAAUUUAUGAACGAGAUGGACGAAGUUAUUUGCGUCUCACCAAAUUGGAUUGUGAACCCACUAUAGGCGAUAUGAAGGUGUAUGCCAAUGGUUUGGUACCUGAUGAAAAUCUAAAUAAUGCCCUUGUGGACUUGGCCAAUGAGAAUUGGCGCCGUUCUUAUCAAUCUCUUGUUUCAAGUACCCGGCCUUCUUGGGAACCCUUCAUACUAAAAUAUUUCAAUGAUAUUUUGGACUAUGUGCCAUGGAAUUUAUUGGUGGUUGAGAAAUAGGACAUUAAACUUUAAAUUUAAAAUUUAAUACUAAUGUAUGUCUAAUUAAAUGUUGUAUAUGUAA